CUGGAACUUUAGCCCUGCGGCCUGAUGUGAAGAAGAAAAAUAAACAGGAUUAACUCAGGAUCACGUCACCUGCAGGAAGUCUCUCUGAUUUUGAAUCCUUCUCUGCUGUUCAGCAGCAUCAACGCUCAAACACGGAAGGGAUGAGUGUAAUUAGGCCUGAUUAAACAUCACACCUGUCGUCUGAUUGGCCUGUGGGAGCCCAUAAAGUCAGGGCGAGCUGCUGAGCUCAUCCACUUGAUCCAGAAACAAGGGGAAAAAAAAGUUAUUAUCACAACCAGAGCUGCUCAUUUCACAGACGCCUUGACUUUGCCUCCAACCAUGGGAAAGGAGAAGACUCACGUUAACGUGGUGAUUAUUGGCCAUGUUGACAGUGGAAAGUCCACCACCACAGGUCACCUGGUCUACAAAUGUGGUGGAGUGGACCAGAGAAGACUGGAGAAGUUUGAGAAAGCAGCUGCACAGGUAAGAUUUAAACAAAAAAAAUUUCAAUUAAAAAAAAAAGUCAAAGCGGAGAGGGAGCGCGGCAUCACCAUUGACAUUUCACUGCUGAAAUUCAACACCCAGAAAUUCACCAUGACCAUCAUCGACGCCCCGGGCCACCGGGACUUCAUCAAGAACAUGAUUACGGGGACGUCACAGGCAGACGUCGCCCUCCUGGUGGUGUCUGCAGCCAAGGGAGAGUACGAGUCUGGGGUGUCACGCAGUGGUCAGACCAGAGAGCACUCCCUGCUGGCCUACACCCUGGGUGUCAAGCAGAUCAUCGUCUGCGUGAACAAAAUGGACAUGACCGAGCCGCCGUACAACCAGAAACGGUUCGAGGAAGUGGUGAAAGGUGUGAGCGGCUUCCUCAAGAAGAUCGGCUACGACCCUCAGGCGGUGCCUUUUGUUCCCGUUUCGGGCUGGACCGGGGAGAACAUGAUCACUGCAACCCAGAAGAUGCCCUGGUUCCAAGGAUGGAAAGUGAGACGAAGAGAAGGAAACGCCAGUGGAAGAACUCUCCUCGAGGUUCUGGACGCCAUCCAACCACCUGUGAGAACCAUCAACAAGCCCCUGCGAUUGCCUCUGCAGGACGUUUACAAAAUUGGAGGAGUUGGGACGGUUCCAGUGGGUAAGAUCGAGACCGGGGUCCUUAAACCGGGUAUGACCCUGAUGUUCUCUCCUGCCAAACUGACCGCUGAGGUCAAAUCCAUUGAAAUGCACCACCAAGGUCUGCAGACAGCCCUGCCGGGACACAACGUUGGCUUCAACAUUAAGAACGUGUCGGUCAAGAACCUACGGCGUGGAGACGUGGCCGGUAACGCCCAGCACGAUCCUCCGUCAGACGUUAGCAGCUUUGAAGCUCAGGUCAUCAUCCUGAACCACCCAGGGAGGAUCAAAUCGGGCUACUCUCCCGUCCUGGACUGCCACACGGCCCACGUCACCUGCUGCUUUGCUGAGCUAAAGGAGAAAAUUGACCGUCGCACAGGAAAGAAGCUGGAGGACCAGCCUCAGGUUCUGAUCUCUGGAGACGCCGCCACCGUCAAACUGGUUCCCAUCAAACCCAUGUGUGUGGAGAGCUUCUUCUCAUAUCCUCCUUUAGGUCGUUUUGCAGCCAGAGACCUGAAGCAGACGGUGGCCGUGGGCGUCAUCAAGUCGGUGGUGAAAGCACCUGGGACCAAAGCUCCAAAAGCCCAAGUGUGUAAAUAAGUGUGUUUUUGAUCAGCAGGCGUAUGGUACUUUUACUUUGAGCGUACAGUUAGUUUUAGUGAUAGAACGCCUUUGUGUGUUGACACAAAGUAUUUAUUUUCAGGUGUAUGAUAUUCCUGUGUUGAUAUUGAAUCUAACAGAAGAUUUAGAUUUAAAUUAAGCUUUUCUUUUUUUGUUCAACUGUCAAAUCACAAUUUGUGACAAAAUAAAGAAGUUGAAAGAA